ACUCUCAUUUGUCUUCUAUAAACACCCCCACCACCACCACCAUUGCCGUCUGUAAUCUUCCAUCUUGCUACCGGUUUCCAUGGAAUCCUUCCACAAAACCCUCUGCAUCUUCUUCACAUUCUUCUUCGCUUUACUCUCUUCUUCCCGUGCUUACACCUUCAACGUCGGCGGCAGAGAUGGCUGGACCUUACACCCAUCGGAAAACUACAAUCAAUGGUCCGGCCGAUUGAGGUUCAUCGUCAACGACGCUCUACAUUUCAAAUACAAUGGUGGGUCGGAUUCUGUAUUGGAGGUUAACAAUGGCGAUUAUGAUAACUGCAACACGAAAAACCCCAUCACAAAACUCGCCGGCGGCGACUCUUACUUCACUUUGAACCGUUCAGGACCUUUUUACUUCAUCAGUGGUAACAAAUCGAAUUGUGAUCAGGGUCAGAAGCUAAAUGUAGUCGUUAUCUCGCCUAAAACUAAGUCAUCACCACCUCCCGCCGGCGUCGCUUCGCCGCCGACAAGCUUUUCACCUAUUCCAUCGGAAUUCCCUAUUUCUGCACCACCACAACCGGGAACAACGAUACCAGCCAGUCCGGCGUCUUCCCCUGGUGGAACUGGAAGCGGUGGCUCUUCUUCUCCGGCGUCUUCUCCGGAUGGAAGUGACUCAUUUUCUCCAGCUGGUAGUCCUGCCUCUUCUCCAGGUGUGAGCGAUUCAUCUUCUCCGGCGGGUAGUCCGGCGUCUUCUCCGAUUGGUAAUCCGGCGGACAUUAAUGCUCCACCACCAAGCGGAUCGUCGUCGGAAAAACUAGCAGCUUCUGCAAUCUUGACGUUCCCACUUGCAAUUAUCAUCUUUGGGUUCGGAUCUCUCCAUUGAUUUUGUUUAUUUCUGGAUUAAAAUUCUGAAUCUUGGAGUCGUAAUCUUUCACAUUUUAUUGGAUUUUUAGUUGUAAUCUUUCACAUUUUCUUGGGAGUUUCGCAGGUGCUUAUAUCUUAAUAAAUUGAUUUUGU